UGAUAGUGGAAAUAACAAUCCUCCUACAAGAGUAUCACCCUCCUGGUGAUCACCUGUAAUCGCCUGUAAUCCACCGUAACACCGUAGCCGACGAUAAUGGUGGGAUACGUGUCUUUAAUUCUCAAGAACAAACGGUUCAAGGUGAAUAAACAAAAAGUUGAGAAGAAGAGCCGUUACUUCGAGUCUCUCUUAUCUCCUAAUUUUAAUGAUUCUCGUAAGGAAGAACACAUCAUCAAUUACAACAUUUGCUUACACACUUUGAAGAAUUUUAUUGAAUGGGUUCACGACGACAGUUGCGCCGAUAUUUGUCAUAAUCGCCUAAAAGUUUCAAUGGAAAAGUUUGCAAACCGUCGUUUCGCAGAACUAUUAAAUCUACUGGAACUAAGCGUUUUGUUUUUGGCUGACGAAUUGACUUGCGAUAUCGUAGACGUUAUAGCCUUAAACUGGUUACUACCAGGAAAAGUGAUUGAUGUAUGGUUAUUGGCAGAGGAAUUGAAUGUAAAGGUAUUGCGGGAUAUUUGUAUGUCCGUUUGUUUGGAUCGUUUCACAGAACUUCCUACCGAAUCGGUCGUUCGACUGUCCAAGGAUCAAUUUACUCGACUAAUAAAUAAUGUAAAUAAAAGUAUCCCUGCGAUCGAUACGAAUUGUGUAACAGACAAGUGGUCGAAAUAUAAUAAUUUGACUUUAGACGUGGUACGUUCCCAGAAAAAAAGAAAGAGACUACAUGGGUCCGUCGUUUACCGAAUUGGUAAUCAGCAGCGUUGUAAGGAAAAUACCGACAAAACUGCGUAUGUGUACAUUUGGAAUGAUAGUGGCCAGAAAUUUAUAAAUGUACCAGAAUUUGUAAAACAUUUAGUUGGAAUGCAAUUUAUUGCUAAAGGUUUCAGUAUAUACCUUGUCGGCGGUGAGACAGGUUUUGGAACUGGCAAAUUUAAUCAAAUAAUUUUACGUUAUUGCCUUAUAUCUAAGAAGUGGUAUUAUCAAGCAACAUUGCCGUCCCCGAGAAGGCACAUGAUCGCAGCAUUUCUCGGAAACAAUUUGGUUCUUGUCGGUGGCGUAGGAAAAUAUAGGUUGCAGUUAAAGUCGGUCGAUAUCCUCGAUAUACAGACAGGUAGAUGGGAAGAUGGUGAAAGGAUUUUGGAAACUUUUAUCAAUGUACCCCCGCAUUGCGUUGCAAACGGGGCGUUAUUUUUUCUCAAAUCAGCGCUGUACGUCUAUUUUUUUACCAAUGAUGGAUCGCAAUCGCAUCUCCUUAGUAUACCAAUGAAUUUUUCGAAUUCAUCUGUCCUCCUUAUGCGCGAGACAACGUUGCUCGUAGACGCCAUCAAUCAUUCGGGCGAGACGACGCUCUCGAGAAUUACUGUCGAGUCUGCUUGCGAGCAAGAAAACUGUUCAGUGAACAACGUGGAACACAGGCCGAUACCCUACGACGAUCAGUUAGAGGAGAUACGAGAGAUUUCGAUUACGCUAAACAGCACCAAUACUCGUUACAAUCUCUGCGUAAGAUCCGCGCGCCUGAUACUGGACGGCCUAAGUUCUAACAUGACGACGAUCGUUCCACGCGAUGAGGAUCUGUGUUUGCAUAUACACACUGAGGUAAAUAAUGAUUUCACCGAUAUUUUUGUUCCGAAAGGCAAUUGUUUUGAUCUCAUAGAUCCAGAUAGUUUGUACGAUACCGUCGAAAAUUGAUACACUCACGUAGAUUGCUAGUAAUUAAUUUAUGGUCAAGUUAUAAGUUUUUGUAUUAUUUUUAAAGGCGAAGAAAAUAAAUGAGCCACUUGCAUGAGU